AUGGCAGCACGAACACAACCACCUUGUCGGGAAGAAUUGGAAACCAAGAACAACCUCAAAGCGACGUAUAUCACUGCUUUACCGCCCGUUGUUACAACAGAUUCCCUCGCGACUUCGAGAUUGCAUCUUCCCAAAAUCGAUACCCCGUUGCAAGACGUGAAGCGCCCCGAGACAUCAAGCAGCAGCAGCAGUUCUGACAAYGGCUUCGGCCUGAUCUACGAGGCCCACAUCGCAAAAACCGAAACAUUGGACCUACUUGCCGACCAAUACCCCUUACCAAAGAUACAGGGCCCAGGAUGGUACAAUCGACUUCGUUAUCACUACCUCUCCAUGUAUGUGCGGCUGCACCUCAUCGUUCUUUUGGCCAAUAUCGGGACCCUCAUUCCAAUGGCCGUCGCUUCGCAACGAAAAGCACCCACAUUCACCUACAAGGAUGCAUCCACAGCUUUUGCAGCGAAUAUGUUCGUUAUUUUCCUUACCCGCAAUGAACAUUUUAUCAACGGACUUUUCCGAAUGUUCCGUUCAAUACCACACAGCUCACCUCUAUGGAUGCGCCGUCAUUCGGCCAAGGUGUAUUGUCUGGGCGGCAUCCAUUCUGGCUGUGGUGUAGCAGGAUUCUUUUGGUAUUGGCUCUUCUCCUUCCUUUUGUUCAUCCACCACGUUGGUGGUCAGACCUCGUGUGGAUUGGCCAUUCGAUACUUGUCGAUUGCGGUGUUCCUAUUUCUUGUGGUGAUCCUGCUGAUGGCUCACCCUUGGAUGCGUAUCCAUCAUCACGAUGCAUGGGAAUUGAGUCAUCGAUAUCUUGGAUGGACGAUACUCAUSCUCGUGUGGGCUCAGGUCAUCCUGUUGAGCGUCGUCGGGGCAUGGGCCGAUAAUCGAGGAUUUGCAAUCGCUCUGGUCGAGACUCCUGCAUUCUGGCUCCAAAUUGGUGUAACAUGCUUGCUGGUGUACCCAUGGAUCCGCCUGAAGAGAGAGAAAUUGGUCGUGGAGCAACUUUCCGACCACGCCAUCAAGUUGAACCUCACGAAUCGAACAGUACCUGUCGGCGCAGCAAUCAGACUUGCUAAGAACCCUCUGGUCGAGAAACACUCAUUUGCAGUCAUCCCGAAUCCAAAUGGAAGCAAGGGAUAUUCCAUCAUCGUCUCACACGCAGGAGACUGGACAAGAUCGCUGAUAAGACCGGGCGAUGACGGCCGUCCACAGAAGAUCUGGGUCAGCGGAGUGCCCUACAUUGGAGUUUACCACGUGUGUCUGAUGUUCAAACCUCUUGUUCUCGUAGCCACCGGUUCUGGUAUUGCACCUUGCUUGUCAUUCCUCCAGAUACACAAAGACUGGCCAGUACGAGUCAUCUGGUCCGCAAGAUUUCCCGAGGUCACCUACGGUAAAGCGAUCAUGGAGAUGGUGCUUAGCGCAGACCCGAAUGCAAUAAUUAUCGACACGAAGAAGACUGGACGGCCUGAUAUGCCUGCCAUCAUCUACUCAGUCUAUAAGCAAUUCGAAGCAGAAGCCGUUGUGUUCGUCAGCAACAAGCCUGUGACUGAAGAGGUCGUCUAUGCGCUGGAAGCACGGAAAGUUCCCACCUAUGGAGCCAUCUUUGACUCUUGA